CAAAUUGCAGGAAAGCGAGAGGAGAGAUGUUGCACAUCAAAAAAACUAUUUUGGUAGUGUUUGUAUUAUUAAUAUUACUAGACAUACUCGAUUACUUUAUUUGUAAUUUUCUCAUGUUACCCAAAAUAAUACUUUCCCUUUAAUCAAACAUCGACUUGUAUCUUGGCAACCCAGCUAUUCAGUUGUCAAGAAAAUAUUGUUCUGGCUGGACUCUGUUUGUUGUAUCAAUUUGUAUGUCAAUUAUCAAUUAACCCCUGUUUAUUAAUGGCCAGUUGAUUAUUAAAAAGCUGUGUUCGGAACUAAUACUAUCGAUGUGCUUUGUGGGGUGAGCGUAAAACAUGGCGACUGGAGGUGAAGAACUGUGGCGCGAGUGCGCGUCCUGGCUUACGAGAUGUGGCUUGCUGCGUCCGGACCAUAAGGCGAAUUGGGAAACGAGUACUAUUCAUGAUCUUGCUUAUACUCUGCGUGAUGGAGUGUUGUUGUGCAAUCUACUUAACGCCCUACACCCUGGCUGCAUAGAUAUGAAGGACGUCAACCAGCGGCCUCAGAUGGCGCAGUUUCUAUGUAUGAGGAACAUAAAAGUUUUCCUGAGGACGUGCCAUGAAGUUUUUGAACUCCGAGAGACAGAUCUAUUUGAUCCUUCGAUGCUAUUUGACCUGUCUAACUUCCACCGUGUACUAUGCACACUGGCCAAACUGAGUCAGUGUCCUAAAGCGCUGGUUAAAAAUAUUAAGCCAUUUUCAGCUCACAGGACCCAGUCAGAAGAAGAUAUUUACAAAGACUUGCAAUCUGUCGGCGGCGGCGCCGGCGAGGUGGGUGAGUACGCGAGCGACUGCGCGCGCAUCCACGACGAGGAGAUCUACCACGACCUGUGCGCGGUCAAGGCGGCCCCCCGGCUGCAGCCGCCCGCCGCCCCACACCCGCCCGCUUUCAAUACACUAGCGACGUCGUCGCACAGCCUAGAGAAGAGAGAUUACGUUAUAAGAGAAUUAGUUGACACGGAAUGCAAUUACGUGGAUGUACUGAGCAAAAUAAUCAAAUACUUUCUUAGACCGCUGACGCCGUAUUUGAAACCACAAGAUUUGCAAGUUAUAUUUUUCGGUAUAAAGGAGUUGCACGACAUCCACUCGGGUCUGCUGCGUCAAUUGAAGCUAGCGACGGAGGCUUGCGUGCCGGGCAGCGGCGCCCCGCGACUGGCCGACGUUUUCCUGGCGUGGCGCGAGCGGCUUCUAUUGUACGGAGACUACUGCAGCAACCUCACGCACGCGCAGGACACUCUUAAGACACUCGACGCCAGGGACAACACCUUCAGCAAACAUCUGGCGAAAUGUCAAAAAGAACAUAGCGACGGGCGGAUACAGUUGCGGGAUAUUCUGUCCGUGCCUAUGCAACGGGUGCUGAAAUACCAUCUAUUGUUAGACAAACUCGUCCACGAAACACAACCUAACCACGAAGAAUUCCGAGGGUUAGAGCGCGCGAAAGAGGCCAUGGUCGACGUAGCACAAUACAUCAAUGAGGUCAAAAGGGACAGCGAAGUGCUGACGUUACUUUCAAAAGUACAGGAGAGCAUAAUAGACUGGGAGGGCGGCGCUCAAGGCGCGGGCGGCGCAGGACUGGCCGCGUACGGCCGCCUGCUGCUGGACGGGGAGCUCAAGGUGAAGGCGCACGAGGACCAGAAGCUGCGCACUCGCUACGUGUUCGUGUUCGACAAGCUGAUGCUGCUAUGCAAGCCGGUCAAGGACAACCAGUACUCGUACCGCGUGGGCGUCCGCCUGGCCGAGUACCGCGUUGAGGAGGGCUGCGGCCGCCGUACAUUGCGGCCUGACGCCCGCUGGGCGGCCCACUUCUACCUCGUGCGGCGUACCAAGGACGCGACCUAUACGCUGUACGCGCGCACCGACGACUGCAAGCGCAAGUGGGUGAAGGCCAUCCGCGACGCCAUAGAUAAUUUAGAACCUGCCGGAUGUCGAAGUACAAAUCACAAAUUCGUGUUGCACACGUUCGAGAAGCCGGCGACGUGUCACCACUGCUCAAAAUUUCUCAAAGGAAGGAUAUUUCAGGGCUACUUGUGCACGGUGUGCAACGCAUGCGCGCACAAGGAGUGCAUCGCGCUAUCGGGGCGCUGCGGGGGCGGUGCCGCGCCCGCGCCGCCGCUGCCGCCGCACCAGCACGCGCCCGACCACGCGCUGCACUACUACAUGUGGUCAGUACGUACAGUAUACGCACGCGCGCACAAGGAGUGCAUCGCGCUAUCGGGGCGCUGCGGGGGCGGUGCCGCGCCCGCGCCGCCGCUGCCGCCGCACCAGCACGCGCCCGACCACGCGCUGCACUACUACAUGUGGUACGUGGGCGAGAUGGGGCGAGAUAUGGCAACGGCGCGUUUAGAGCGGCGCGUAGACGGCACGUUCCUGCUGCGUGUGCGGCCGCAUCCCACGCACCACGCCGACACCGACACGCACUACGCGCUGUCGCUCAAGACGGACAACACGGUGAAACACAUGCGCGUGUGCCGGAAGCCCAUAGACCAGGUGCCGCACUACUUCCUCUCCGAGUCGCGCUUCUUCCGCAGCAUAGUCGAGCUCGUCUCCUACUACGAGAAGACCAGUUUAUCAGAAAACUUUGUUGGCCUGAACUCCAACCUGCGGUGGCCGUUCCGGCGUGUAGUGGCGACCGUAGUACACGACUUCCGGCCCCUCGACGCGUCCCAGCUGGCGCUGCGGCCCGGCGCCAAGGUGCUCGUGCUCAGCAAGGAGGGCGACAGCCGCGGGUGGUGGAAGGGACGCACCAUAGACAAGGGCGACAACAGGUCCGGCUACUUCCCCAAGGAGUGCGUGCGAGAGGAGCCCGAGUGUAUCGGCGCGCUGGACUGAUGCCAGCUGUGCCUCGCCGAGCGCGAGCUGCACUUCACGCCCGCCCUGACGCGCGACCCGGACCCCGACCCGGACCCGGACCCCGACCUCGUGUGAGUGCCCCGCUCCAGGCUAACGCCGCCUCCCACCCUCCAGAGGGCCGCGACCGUAGAGAGGCGCACGCAACCUCGACGCCCGCGCGUCGCCUCGCUCAUUCGAAAUUGGAAGUUCCGGUCAAAGCAGUGACGAUAAACGUUAGUUUCGAAAUUUGAAUUCUGAUAGAACGAGCGAGUGAAAAUUAUUGUGGAGAUGACGUCACACAGUCCCUGCGCUAAAUCGACAUUUGAAUUGCCAACCGAUGCAGUGACUAAAUUCAAUUAUGAAAGUAGGACACUUUCACUAGGAAAACUUUAAAAUAUUGAUUCUAGCAGUGAGUAAACACUAUGUCUCAAAAAUAUUCGUAAAAAUAUCUCCUGUAGGAGUGCGACAAAGUGACUGUUUGGAAGCCGCGUCGUGUCGAAUGCGGAUCAAAACAGGACGAUACUCCGUUGCCGAGUCUCAGCAAUUAGCGUAAUAUAUAUAAUAUUAGGUAGACCUAUAUUGGAAUUAUGAUCGAACUCGAUGUGUAUAUCGAACGAGGCAGUGAGACGUGUGAAGGUGUGUGUAUUUACGUAGUUUUAUACGAACGAGAGUGAGGAGUGUCCGUCUCCGAUUGAUCGACUUAGUCUUCGCGUUGUUUUUGGGCGUUUUUAUUUGUCCAACGCUCUCUUCUUCUCUGAGAAAUCAAUGUCGGCACUUUAGGAUUUUUGAUGGUGCGUAAAAUGCUUUAAUAUUAUUAUAAGUGAGAAGUGCGUGGGGCCCUCGUUACGGCGAGGGCGUGUAAACUGCGACCUUGGCUCGCUGAGCGGGCGCGUUAGAGGAAUUCUGGUGAUGUAUCUACCCUGCUUGAACUGAUAGGAAUCAUUGUUUGUGAAACUACUCACCAUGACAAAACUUUAUGCUCAAAUUCAAAUCAAUUCUGCACAAGCAGUGUCACAAGUUUAUUAUGGCAAUUUUACAUUGAUCGUUACACGUUUUUAAUUCGUAGUUUUAAACUCACGUUACAUUUCGGUCUCGAAUACCUCAACUUUAGAUUUUUUCAGUGUGUGUUUUUAGUCUUUAGUGAUUUUGCAAUGCGUGUUUGCAUAAAUUAAAAAUAACAAUAGUGAGAUGAAGUGCCAAAAUAUUUUUUGUUCUUUGUCUUGUGACCUAUUUUAUUGAAAGAGUUUUUAUUGUCUGUACUGAAAAUAUGUUUAUAAAUUCAAUUAUUUAAUAUAAAUGUACACUACUUUACAAUGUGUUUAAUAUUAAUAUGACCAAAUCAAACUGUUGUGGCGUCUAUAAAAAUUAUAAUUAUGUUAUUACUCUGCGGUUAAAUAGUAUCUACAGCACAGUACAAAUGACAAAGUAUAGAAAUGCAAUUUAAUUGUGAAAUAUGUUGCUUAGAGGAUAGCAUUUAAUAGUAGAUGCGCCGAAUGUAGGCUUUUUUAUAUUAUAUAAAAUGUUCAAGGCGUCCGCAGUUUCUAUAGAACACUUUAUUUAAAAAUUCCUCUGUUAUUCCCUUGUACAAAAUCUGCAAUUUAUUAUUAAAAAAGAAAAUGUGCUGUUGUAUACGAAUCAAUAAUAUAUCUGAUAAUUUUAGCAGCAAAACUUAUACAUGCCAUAGCAUAAUAGUCGACUUCACGAAACGCUUUCUGCAUCUUUGUAUUUAUGCAAAAAUCGUGUUGUGUAAUGAACGGAUAGUAACCGUUUAUCUGAUUUUAUUUGGUGAUUCCAAACCGCCAAACGGGAUAGUUGCGUUAAACGCUUAUACCUCAAGUCCAAUGUCAAUCAGUACAUUCCAUUGAGCCAACCCGCUUCUACAUAGGCUACCACUGUCGCAUCAUUUUCAAUCACAUACACAUUACAUCGCUAUGUUUUUAUUAUCACUUCAAUAUUUAUAAAUUAUAAAUAAUAACUCAAAUUUCCUGUUGAGGAAAUACAAAAAGCUAAAAUAAUAAAACUAAAUUGAAAAAUAAUUUGGAAUGUGAACCAUAUUGGAGACCAUUCUUGAAGCGGUACUGCCUAAUGCAUACAAUAGUGUUGGCGCUUAUAUAAAGUGCGUGUGCGCCGAAUAAAGUUGAUAUGUUUCGUGUUAUUUGCUCCUGAUAUAGACGAGAGGUGAGUCACUUGUGUUUAUGUAUUAUGUUGGUGUUGCGUUGUCUCAAAAACGCGAAAAUGGAAUUACUACUUCCGAACUAGGACAAAUUACCAGUUAUAAUAAAUUAUUGAAUUUCGGAAUCUCACUAAAGUCGCACAUUGUCGCGUCCUGUAAGUUGCAAAGAUUUUGACUGACCGCCAUAGUCA